AUGUAUCAGAUUGAUUGGAAAACCAAAUUAUGCGCUCAAUCGUACGAUGGUGCUGCAGCUAUGCAAGGAGAAUACUCAGGACUACGCACAUAUAUUCAGAAUGAAAACCCCAAAGCAAUUUAUGUGUGGUGUUUCGCACACUUGCUUAACCUAGUUAUCGUCGAUACAUUGGAUUCUACAACUGAUACCAAAAUAUUUUUUGGGGACUUGCAUGGAAUAGUAACAUUUAUGAGAGCAAGGAAAAGAACUGCUACAUUUUAUGAAUGCCAAAAAAAAUUAAACAUUGAAUCUAAAGCUAAUGAUAGAAUUCGAAAAAUCAAAAAUUUUUCAGAUACACGGUGGACGUCCCAUGACCGUGUUAUUACAGUAAUACAUGAUAAGUAUGAAGCUUUAAAAAAUACUUCAGAAUUGCUAUCAGAAUCCACAGACAGAGUAACUGCUUCAAAUGCAAAAUCUUUUCUACAAAUAAUUUCUUCGUUUCAUUUUGUAUUGGUUCUUAAGCUAAUGAAAAGUAUAUUCACAAUAACUACACCAACUUCAUGUUAUCUGCAAUCAAAAAGCAUUGAUUUUAUUCAAGCCAUUAAAUUGGUAGAUGAAACUAAAAAAAGAUUAUUAGAAUUGCGUUCUGAUAAAUAUUUCCAAGAACUUGUACAAAAUACCAAACAAUUUACUAAUGAACAGAAUCUCUGUGAAAAUGAUUUUAAAAAAGUCCGAACGAGGAAAACUUAA